GAUAAACAAAGUGACGCCAUGCAUUGGUAUCAGAAUCGAUCUGUAUAAAUAUAUCUGCGUAUUCAAGUCUGUCUGUCAUUUUGACAUCGCGUCUUUUUGAUUCUUGCGUUUCGGACUGUCGCGAGUACGGGAAGAAAGUGUGUUUAAAAAGUUGGGUCUAUUUGAUCCCAGUGUCGGAAUACAUUGCGUCUAAUUUCACUCCGAGUGAAUAAAUGUUAUAAGAAAGUGUAUUUAGAUUGGAAUUUAGAUAGAUACAUUCACCUCGUUUCCGUUUAAAUAGGUACAGAAGACGUCUUUUGAGCACAAUGAAGACUGCAGAUAGCUUAGUAAGCAACUUGCCAAAAGGACCGCUGGAUGCUUAUAGAAAACGUGCAACAUUUGACUGGAAGUCAUUCAAGGUAGCUCUAUAUGGAGAGGAUUAUAUAAAAUAUCAGGAUCAAGUAUGGAAUCUGAUUAAGACCAAUCCAGCGUUUCAAAAACUGCCAAAAUCAGCAACAUUGGAUCAAAUUCGAAAAAGCUCCCAUGCUAAAAUAAAAGCAUUUCUUGAGAGCGAUUUAUAUACAGUGAGAAAUCAGAUCUGGAUGAAUUCUCUAUACGGAGAAGACUCAUCUGCAUCCAUAAAAUUAGGUAUCUCUCAGGGCAUGGUCCCAAACAGUAUAAUAGCAUUGGGUACUGAUCAUCACUAUCAUAUGUUAGAAAAAUUUGGAGAUGGAAGUUAUAUAGGCUGUUUCGCUUUGACUGAAAUUUCUCAUGGAACCAAUGCAAAGGGUAUAAGGACCACAGCAACAUACGAUUUAGCAACGAAAAGUUUCAUUCUUCACACGCCAGACUUUGAAGCUGCAAAGUGUUGGGUUGGUGGUUUAGGAAAAAUCGCGACGCAUGCCGUCUUAUUUGCAAAGCUGAUUACACCAGAUGGGGUGAAUCACGGUAUGCACCCUUUUAUCAUACAGGUUCGCGAUUUGGAAACUCAUCUACCCUUGCCAGGUGUUAUUGUUGGCGACAUGGGUGAAAAGAUAGGACUGAAUGGAAUAGAUAACGGAUUCGUAAUAUUUGACAAAUAUUCUGUACCACGUAGCUGUCUGUUAAAUCGCAACUCGGAUGUCACUGAAGAUGGGAAAUACUCGGCCACAAUAAAGGACGAAAGCAAAAGAUUUGGUUCAUCGUUAGGUGCAUUGUCAGGAGGUCGUGUUGCAAUCACCAAUAUAUGUGCAGAAUACAUGGCCCUCGCGAUGGUAAUCGCGAUACGUUACUGUUCCGUUAGAAAACAAUUUGGUCCUACGAAGGACAAUGAAUUGCCAGUUAUAGAAUAUCAAACGCAACAAUGGCGAUUGCUACCCCACUUGGCCGAAGUAUACGCGAUAAGAUUGUUUUCAAUGGAUUUUCUUAAACAACUCGUCGAGUUUAACAUAAGCCGCUUUUCGGGUGAAGAGGAUAAUCAGGCUGCCGUUAAGGGAAUGGAGAUACACGCGUUAUCUUCCGCGACGAAACCAUUUUGUUCGUGGAUGGCUCGCGAUGCAAUUCAGGAUUGCAGAGAAUCUUGCGGCGGUCACGGAUAUUUGAAAAUGUCACGGUUGGGCGACUUAAGAGGAGAUAACGAUGCGAAUUGCACGUACGAAGGCGAAAACAAUGUGCUUAUUCAGCAGGCGAGUAAUUGGCUGUUAAACCAAUGGGAUAACGCACUCAAAGGACAAUCUAUAUCAUCCCCGUAUGAUACCAUAGACUUCUUCCGCGUUGCGAAACGGAUACUCAAUACCAAAUUUGAUCAAAGGACAAUAGAGAGUACAUUGGAGCCUAAAUAUUUAAUCCUAAUUUCUCAAUGGCUGGUGUGCUAUUACGCAAAGAAGACGUAUCAACGUGUGAAGGAAUUGAAAGGAAGCGGAAUGUCUGAUUUUGACGUAAAAAAUAAUUCUCAGGCAUUCCUGGCGCGGACCUUGUCUCUCGUAUAUGCAGAGCACGCUCUAAUGUCUCACUUCUACAAAUCUUUGCAAGAUCCGAAGUGGAGCUCGAAUGAACGACAGGUGCUGAUGGAUUUGUGCUCUCUCUUCGGAGCUGUAAUCCUGGAGAAGAGAUUGGGAGACUUGUACGCUGGCGGUUUCGCAUCUCCCAGCUCCAACGUAGACAGCUUCCUGCGGGAAGGAAUUGUAAAACUGUGCAAGAAAUUGCUCGACAAUGCGGUUGCGCUGGUCGACGUUUUGGCGCCGCCCGACUUUAUUCUUAACUCACCUCUAGGAAUGUCCGAUGGCGAGGUAUAUAAGCAUAUGAAGGAAUGGAUAUUCAGCGAUAAGGAGAACCUGGAGCGUCCAUCAUGGUGGACUGAAAUUUUGAAGCCUAAACUAUAACGAUGUCUACAGCCCAUAAAACAGCACAAGAGUUAUUUUAUAUAUAACUCCGCUAUUAUUUACCUAAGAGAUGAUGUUUUAGAAAUAUGUCUCGCGCGUUAUACGGGAAUCCUUCCAUUGUUAUUAUCAUCGUUGUUGAUAUCGCUUGUUGCUGGUAAUUUUUAUAUUUUACGAUGACAUGUAUAUUUACGAUAUAUAUACGUUAUGACAACAGAUGAAAAGGUUUUAUGGCAAUACAUUUGAUCGUAGACUUAUAUAUUGUUAACACACACCGAAACCUCCAUACGUCCUGUUAAGAAUAUAUUUUUAUAUGUAC